CAUAUGAGGAACAGUUCUUCCUAGUCUUUAAUACAAUCCAUGCAUCAAAGCUCGUCAAACAACAUGAUCGAUAUUUCUAACAAACUAGACACCUGUUUGAAUGUGGUUAAAAAAUACGAAUGGUUAUUAAAUUCCUAUGUAUCGGACUUUUAUGUGGAAGAUCAUUGGAACAAACUUCCGUUAAGUUGGCAGAAGCAUUUGGAACAGUUGCCAGUAGAAUCGCUGUCCGAACUAUUGCAAAGCGAUGUUGAUGUGGAUGUCGAUGUGGGUGUCCAGGUGACAAGACGUUCCCUAUGGCCCUUGGAGCUUUUGGCCUUGCGGCAGGUGUUGUGUUCAUUGGACAUUAGUCGGACACCAAAGAGGCAGCUAGAAGUUGAAUUGCCGAGUUGCCCACUCCUGGAGCAUCGGAAGCUGAAGCACAUGUUCAUGAAAUGCGUUAAGCCAAAAAAGUCGCACGAGAUCAAAAGAAUGGCUGCAAUCUGUGCCCGAAGCUGUCAACAGAACUCAAUUGACUUUGUGGUGGACUUCGGUGCUGGCCUCGGGCACCUUGCACGCAUCUUGGGCUACGGUUACGGCAUCAACGUCUGCUGCUUCGAAAUGCAGGCGAAUUUGAACCAACAAGCUCUGGCGAUUGACGCCAAAUUGGAGAGCAUGGCUGCAAAGCACUUGGAUGCCAGUGAACUUGCCAAAUUCAAGCGAUCUGCACAUCUUACACAGCGUCUUAGCAGCAGCACUAAGCCAACGGAGUUCAUCGAGAGCAUAAGGGAAGCAUUCCAGUUGCCAGACACGGACUUUCAAUUCGGUAUCAUUGGUCUGCAUCCAUGUGGAGAUCUAGGAGCCACUUUAAUGCGCAUGUUUCUAAACUGUGAGCAAGCAAAGUUUCUCAAUUUUGUCGGCUGUUGUUAUCAUAAGAUGAGCACACAGGAAUCACAACCCAAAAUGGAUUUACAUGGUUAUCCGCUCAGCUCGCAGCUCCGGCGACAACUGCAAACUGAUGCCCACAGUUGUCAGCUCAGCUACGAAGCACGGGAAAUCGCCUGCCAUGCCAUAGAAUUGUACUAUGAUCGCCUCAAAGCUGGCCAGCAUGAAUACCUGAAAAUUCACUCACUCCGUGCCGCUGCUGAGCGUAUUAUUGUCCAUCACUUUCCCGAUCUACGUCAUUCUGCCCUGCGCAAUGUGAAACAUGCCCCCGGAAUGACCUUUAAUGACUACUUUCAGAAAGCAGUCGAAGGUACGCGAUUUGCUGAACUGAAUUCAACUCAAUUAAAUAGUAAACAAAUAGAAACUGAUUUAUUGCAUUGGGAACGCAUCGUCUGCUUUUAUACGUUACGGCUGAUGUUGGCACCGCACGUGGAAAGUAUUAUUCUAUACGAUCGCGCAAUGUUUCUCCUGGAGAAAGGAUGUCAGGUUAACAUAGAGGCCAUUUUUGAUCCCCGAAUUUCACCCAGAAAUCAUAUAACUAGCGCCGUAAAGAAUUGAUCUUACAAACCGAUAUAUAACCUGUUGUUUUAUUAAUAACAUCUCUUGACAAUAAAAUAAAAAUUAGUAUA